AUGGCGGAGAGCGACGAUGAAAGUGGACUUGUCGACGUCAAGGUACGGUUUAUGAUUUAAAUCAAAGCAAUUCCAGCGAUCUGUUACAGUUUGAAAUUUUCAAAGUCAGGUGAAGAUUCAGUUUCUUUCUUUUGUAAUCCUUUUCGUUUCCAUACGUUUGGCAGUGCACAUUGCAGAUUAGACUGCAGGCUAAUUGAUCCCACAGUUUGUCCAAAAACAAAGCCUUUAUCAAAGCUCUUUAAAUGAAAAGUUAAACUUCCAGGCCUUAAUUUGGUAAUAUCCCAUAAUUUGCUAUGCUCACAUGUUUCGACUCUAUUCAUAUUAACUGUUUGUGUGAAAUAGUAUGAAAUUAUAUUCACUGCAUGCAUGAUUUUCCACUUAAAAAUUUGAACUCGGUCAGUGUGCAACGCAGACUGCAAUGCAUGCCGACUAUUGUUUUCACCAUGCAAAUGAGAACGUGAGAACAAUAGUCCCAUUGUUUUCUAACCCUAAAAACAAUAGUCGGCAAUAUCAGUCUGCAGUCUGCAUUUUACACUGCCCCAUUUGAAAAUCUUGAUUUUUGGUUUUAACGUUGUACUUGUUUUAGAUGGAGGGAGAUGUUGAAGGACUGGAAGACUUGAAAUUCCAAGGUUUGUUAGUGCAUCCAUACAAGUAUUUUAACAAGAGGCUUCAAGAAAUAUUAUUCGUUUUAGUCUUUCAAGUGGCCAGCUUUGAGGUUGUUGGGGAGGGCAGGGGGGGAUAUGGUAAGUAUGGGUGGGGGUCUGCAGCUGAGGCCCUCAAACUCUGACCCCUGUUAAGAAAAGAAACCCUUCUGGGUGACCAAUAAGAUGACUUUCUGCCAACUUGACUAGUUUUUGCAAGAUUGUUGUGAACAUGCCAUUUACAGGGCUCGAAAUUGCAGCUGAUAUAGUCAUCAAUGCGACUAACAUUUUCUCCUCGGCGACUAAAAAUUCUGGUGUAGUUGCCACUUUGGCAACCAGAUUUCUCUAUGAUUUAGAUUUAGAGUAAUAGAGUAAAGUUAAAACAAAGAUUUCAUCUUAUCUUGCUUUGCUUUUGUGAUUCAAAAUGUGCCAAAUCGCAUAAACAAAGCUAUUUAUACUGUCCUCUGUCCGCGAUAUUUUCAAAAAAUCAAAUCUGAUGGAACGUGCGAUACCAUAAGCUGGGUCAUUUACGUUACAAACUGGCAACUAAAAAUUUGCAUCUGGCAUUUAAAAAAAUCCUCAGGUCAUUUGGCAACCAACUGGAGAAAUUUUCUUCUCCAGUUGGUCACCAAAUGACCUGAGGAUUUAUUUAAUUUCGAGCACUGAUACAUUAAACUAAUUUUACUGAAAUAAACACUCUUCUUUUAAGGAGAUUCUUGUAAAGGUUUUAUUAGUUUGUUACUACUUUAAUCUAUUUGUGUAGACAUUAUAUAUAUUUUUUCUCUUAGAUUUCACUAAAGUUGAUGAUACCAAUAACCUAAACACUGGGGGUAACAUUGGUGAGGACCCUGCAACAGUUACAGCUCCAAGCAACAUCAGAACUCAAGCAUUAGAUGACUUCUCAGAUGGCAAGUAUAAUGUGACAAACUAGUCGCAUAAGUAAUUUUUUAAUCUUUCCAUAACCUGAUCGCUAGAUACUGCUAACAGGAGCGUAGCCAGCUUUUUGACAAUUGUAAGCCUGGCUGACUUUCAUUUCCACAUAUCCUGAAAAUUGCACACAUGACUGUAGUCUGACCUCACCAACACUUUGACCUCUUAAGCUUUUUAGCUCACCCCAACAAGGCAUAAUUUAUUACAAGCAGGAGAGUGAUCAAACCAAAAAAUUUGUAGGCCUGGGCCCACAGGUCUAUGGGCUGGCUAUGCCCCUGGCUAAUAUAGCAAUGAGAUAGGUGCAAAACAGCCUGUAUUUUUGGGUAGGUCAAGAAUGUGGAAAUGGUCAAACAAAAGUGUUGGAGUGAGGUAGAACAAAAUGUGAGCUGUCAACAGAGUUUUGACAGCUCAACAGCUUAUACCCACUGGUUAGAACAGUUUUUUUGUGUGUUAUUCACUCAGCUUCUCGUGCCCUAUGUGUGAGGUUCAGGUGCAUUGCUUGGAAAACUGGUUUUGAGGAACAAAGUGACUGUUUUGCAGGCUAGCAGUGAGAUAAAAUGUGUUAGUCCCUGAGUUCUAGAAAGAACUCUUUGUAAAUCAACUACUUUACAACUGCACCUUUUGUUUAACUAAACAAUUUGUUUUUGGUUUAAUGUUCAUUUGUAGAUGAUGAAGAAGACAAAACAGAGGUAUGUCGAAUUGAAACUGACUUCCAUUAUUAUGUGUAUACCUGCAUACUCUUAAAUGCUACAGUCAGUGGCACAAUUUUUGAGAUAUUGACAUCAAAAUGGUCUUUAUUUGGGAAAAACAACUUGGGCCCCUUCAAUUCCCCCUCUCCAUAGCCAAAGUUGAAAGUGGCUUGUUUUUUACUUCCCUCAGGAAGCUUGAAAGUGACACAAUGUUGUUUGUGGAAAGAGAGAAAUGGCUAGCUCUUUCUUGUUUGAAGUACACAAUGUAGACAGUGUUGGCAUGUUGCUGAGAACAUUAAACGUUUUAACUAUUUUGCUUCUGAUCUUAGAUUUAUUAAUUUAUUUAACAAACGAAUUAAAUUGAAUCUGUAGCUCACUUCCCCUACAUGUAUCACAGAACUUGAGGUUAAAACAUGUUGUUUUUGCAUCAGCUCUUAGCAGGACAGAGAAAGCAGCCUCCAUUCUGGACAUUUGAAUAUUAUCAAACAUUCUUUGACGUCGAUACUUAUCAAGUAAGGAAGGUUUAACUUGAUGUUGUUAUCACUUAAAAUGAUCAUCUUAGCAAAAAGACAACAGCAGCUUCUUUUCAUUUCUAAGAUCCAUGAGAGCAAAGGCAAUUUUGAAAAUAUUAUUGUGCAUUUGUUUUUCAUGCAAAGUGAAGUUUCAAACAUCCAUUUCUGGAACAUGAGUUGCAGUUUCAUUGUGCCAUUUCUGUUGUCUGUUCUCUCAAACACCAUUGCUCUGACUCAUGAGCAUGCAAGAAAUCUCUCAGUUAUAUAAAUCCAAAAAAUUUUGUUUUUCCUAUACAGUCAACUCCCUUUAUAGUGGACAACCUUGAGGACCUCAAGAUAGUGUCCUUAUUAGCAAGAGUCUGUUAUAGUGUGAGUUACAUUCAGUCAAAUGUCUGUAACCCAUUUUUGCGUGGGAUUUGGCUGCUGUUCGUAUGCUGUUCGUAUUAUCAGAGUGUCUGUUAUAGCGAGGUGUCCACAAGGCAAGUUUUGCCUGUAACUUCAAAUCAGCCAUGGUAUUUUUUUUUUUUCAGGUUUUGAGGAGAAUCAUUGGCUCAAUGGUACCUGUUUACAGCAAAAAUUAUCUAGUUUCUUUUAUUCGUCCCAAUCCUGAUCUAUAUGGUAAGCAUUACCCGCUGAAAAUAAAUUUUACUUAUAGUAUACAAUUAAUUAUAGUGUUAUGGUCAUUGCUGUCCAAUUCCUCCCUACACUUUACAUCUACUCUGUACACAGGAAAUCUAUUGGAUGCCUAUGUAGUAUAUGGCUUUCUAGAACCUGUAAAAUCUUUCUCUGCAUCUUCUGUAGCAUGUAGCUCUAUUGUUUUAGGGCUAGGGUCCAUUGUUUAUGCCUUUGUUUGUUUAUUGUUUGCUUAGUCGAUCCUAGAAGCCUUGUAAAAGCUGCAAACUGUCGUGCCUAGAUUUGGUCCCUGCUGUUUUUUAGUCAUUUUCUUUCACUCUCUGUAUGAAGGAAAUAAUAUGGCAUCUAAAAUGUUUCAGUAAUUGAAAGUUUUUUGCUAUUAAUGCGGAUGAAUUUAGGUUUCUAGGAAACUGCCCACCUACCUCUCCCCUAAGCUACCAUUAACACUUACUUCUCACUUAGGGCAAAAUGAUGGCUUUGGGGAGGGGUAGGUGGGUAGUUUCCCAGACACCUAAAUUGAUCCAUUAAUGUGACCCUUUUCAGGUCCUUUCUGGGUGUGUGCAACUUUAGUGUUUACCACAGCUAUAACUGGUAAUCUUGCAAGCUAUCUUGUCAGUGCAGGAGACCAUGAGUGGGUCUAUGAUUUCCAUAAAGGUAUACAAAAUGUUGUGGUUGAAAGUUUUCUUUAGUUUGAAACUUUGAACUGAGCUUUAAUUUUACCGGUCUUCUACGUUCCAUUUUUUUUGCUCAUAUCAAAUCUGUUACUAUCCGUUAUUAUGUCAUAUCUGUUUGUCUUAGGGCCCAAGGAACCAUUUGCCUGUUGGUCCCACUUUACAACUUCUUCCUCUACUACUAUCAUCCAUUUUGUUCUUCCUUUGACACAUUGUCUUUGAAUUUUGGUUAUAUCAGUUAGGUUUGAAUAUUUGCACAACAAAGCAAAACCUGGCCUGUUCAUUGUGGUAACUAGUACAGUAAAGUGACUUCCUUGUGCAAAUGGCCUAUUGAACAGAUCCAGUUGCUCUGGACAACUUCAUCCAAUCCAACAAAGCCUUACAUGUGCAUGUAUUCCAAGCAUCCUCUGCCAUUCAUAACUAGUUUAAAUUUUAUCAUAAUUUGAAUUGUAUUUUCAUAUACUUUCUUUGCAGUAACAUUUGCUGCAGUUGCGAUCUUCUCAUAUGCCUUCCUGGUGCCUACAGCUCUCUGGGGAGUCCUUCUGUGGAGAAAGAGUAAUGCAGGAUAUUCAUUCUUGGAAAUCCUCUGUGUGUAUGGCUAUUCCCUGUUCAUAUAUAUUCCCAUAUCAGUAAGUUUUACUACUUUUCUACAGUGUAAAGUGCUUUCCCUAUUUGCCUCCAUUGCUUGAUUUAAUUCUGAAGGCAGAAAAUAGAUAGACAAAAUAACAGUUAGUGCUGCACUCCUGAGUGGGGGCUGGGGAUAAGUGUAUUAGCCUAAUAAAACAUGCACAGAUUCAAAACAAGUUUCUGUAAAGGGUUGGGAGGGUGAGUAAUGUUGUCACUUUGUUUGGAACACUCUUUGUUUAGUGACUGCAAACUUCAGUGAGAAGAGCAUAUGUCCCCAUGUUAGUCUGUCACUUAGAUCAGUGUCAAUCAUCAUACCCAAGAUAAUUGCAAUGUACACAGGAAAAGUAUAUUCAUUCCUCUAACCAUAUUGCUGAUGAUGCUUGGCUUUUUCUCCAAGGUUCUUUGGGUUGUUCCUCUGGAGUGGUUAAGAUGGCUUCUCGUUAUGUUAGGAAUGGCUCUUUCAGGUGAACAAUACAUGUAUCAUAUGAACAAUUUUGUGAUAAACAACUUUAGCUUUCAUGUAUUUUUUAACGUAUCAUGUAUCAAGAUGCAUUUUUAGUUCAUUAUUUUCCCCUAGUCUAAUAAUAUUAUUAUUUUGUUGAUUUUUUUCUCUGUUUCUAAUUCUUUAAAACAGCAUGCAAUAAUACUUUAUAAGAAAAAAUGUUAUUGAAUUUAUUUUUUUUCUCUCUGAAAAUUUCUAUCAAAACCUAUUAAAAAUAAAACUUAUUUUAGGUACUGUGUUGCUGUUAACAUUUUGGCCUGCAGUGGAAGAUGAUGACAAGAAGGUAAAGUUCCCCUUGAAAAUUAAUAUGAUUAGACAGUUACUGUGUUAGUGGAACAGAACACCCAAGGGGGGUAGGCUGAGUACAUGUAAGUCUGUCCCAGUGUAAGUUCACUUUGUUGUAUUGUAAAGUUCUGUGAUCCAUUUUAUGGGUACACUCUCUUCUUUUAGCUGUAAACAAAAGCCUUACGUGGUUAGGAGUACACCAUUUUGCCUGACUGUUUACAAAUGCAUCUUAGCAGUGAUUGGAUUGGUCUUGUUUUGAAAUGAGACUAAGUAGCUAAUAUAGGAGAGCUGUUUCCAAUGGUUCCUUUUUGAGAUACAUUGUUUCACUGGGCGAGCUGAAUCAGUCAGCUGAUUCUAAAUUAACUGAGAGGAACUGCAGUGGCAGUUCCAGACUUUUAAGGCAGAGAGGUCACUCUGGAAACUUUUUCUGCACUCAGUUUGUUCAAAAUAUAAGGGUGAAUCCCUCCUCUCUCCCCACUGAAUUAUCGCCUAAUGUACUGUUUUUUUUUUUUGCCUUAUUUUAGGUUGCAGGUAUUCUUCUAGCAUUGAUAUUUCUUCUUCAUGGUCUUUUGGCAGUAGGAUUUAAGGUAUACGACUAUCAUUUGAAUUGUUUAAAGUUUACGACUCAUUUUUCUGGGGACUCCCUCACUUCUUGAGGAGGGAAGGGAGGGAGGAGGGUUGGACUUUCCUAUUAACUCUAAAAGUGGAAUGACUGCUAACGACGGUUCAUUUCUUUCUCUCUUUGUUUGCAAAUGAUUUCCAGGUGUACUUUUUCCAUGCACCUCCUGAAAAAGCAUUACAGAUAAAUCCAACAGCCAACAAUGUGACAAUAUCAACAGCUAAGCCAUCUUAACAACCCAAAGCCCUGAGGUUUGUAAUGUUCAAUGUUCCUCAAUACUGACAGAAUUACACAAAUUAUAAUAACUAAUAACAGGACAUUAUUUUAGUGUAGUGCAUCUCGAGAAUUGACAGAAAUAUUAAGAUAACUGCUGGUAGCUUUAUGAGCUGAUUUGGCUCGCAGGCAACAUAACUCAGUAUUUUAUAAAAAUGCUUGAUGGCUGCAGAUAAAUGUCUAUUGAGGUCAGGUUAUCUGUUGACUUUUAAGCAUACUCUCUUUGUUUAAACUUAAUGGGGUUAUGUCAUGCUAUUUGUUAUCUUUUUGAAAAGCUAAAAUGUGUCUUUGCAUCAAUUGAAAAAAUAAUGGUCCAGUUUUGUUAGACUAUUUUUAGGCAUUGAAACUGUUUCUGUUGUUGGAAGCUACGAGUGGAAAGGAUGGACAUGGAUUGUAGGCCCAACUUUUUCACAUUUUAAUGUCAUGCCAGCAAAGAUCACCAAAAUAAUAUCAUGAUUAUUGCUCCCUUAUGAAAUAUGUUUUAUAUCUGUUUCAUAAUUGUUCAGGAGCAUUUUGUGUAUGGUACUAAGUUAUGACGGAGUUGACCUUAACCCUUUAAUCCCCAAGAUCCACAUACAAAUUCUCCAGACUGAUCUCCAUACAUUUCUUUUAUGAAUAGUUGAGAGAAUUUGGUUUAAGAUCAAAGUGUUCUCCCUUUGGUAAUCAAUUUAGUAAUUCUCAUAACCUUUACUCUUGUUGAUCUGCUGAUGUUGUUAGGAGAAAAUUGAUGUUGGUCGCUUUUGGGAACUAAAGGGUUCAACAGCAAUAUCUGCAUCACUUACACUGUAGCCCCAUUAAAUAGUAUCUGAAGUGUUCUACAGCUCCUUUUUUCUUUGCUUUGUUCAGGUGUUGGAGACAUUUUGCAUUUGUAGAAGAGGUAGCCUCUUCCUGUCAGAAGCUGGACACUGUUGUCAAGAAAUUGCUUUGUUCCUUUUUCUGAAGGUCACCUGGGUGGAAAGCUGUCAAGCUGUAUAGAUGUUAUAUUUAAGGCAUGUAAAUUUCAAUUGCCAGAAUAAGGGUAACGCAUUUACUUUUGAAACAGGGCAUGCUUCAUUUAAUUAUCUUCAGGUACAUUCAACUAAAUGCGAGAUGAAAUGUUUGAAUAAUUUGAAGUGUGUCUUGUUGUAAAAUUGCAAUGUGCCAUCUCUUUUACAAAUAAAGUGAUAGUUAAUUAGUGGAAUGUUAUUACACCCUUAGUAUUGGGACUAACUUUAAAAUAAAAAUGUUUGUAAAAUCUUCCAUUAUUCAUAUAGUGUAUAACUUAUGAUUCAGCCACUUGGGAUGAAAAAGAAGACAUUAAUUUUGUCUUCUCACUGCCUGUCCAAGUUUCAGUUGUAUAGUAAUAGUUGUUGUAAGCCAGUGUGAGAGAGGAGUGGAGUCUGUCAAAAGUAUAUAUAUAAAUAAAGGAGUGUUACAAAGUCUUGAC